AACAGCCAAUCACCAGCUGCGGUGUCACACUUCCGGUUUGUUUUCCACACUUUCACUGCCUAACAUUGCAGUGGCUGGUGGUAGUUAGGCUUUCCAUUGGAUGGUACUUUGUAUUUCCAGAGCAACAGUGGAUAAAAGGAUCCAUCAUGGCUUCUCGAGCAGGUCCCAGAGCAGCAGGCACGGACGGCAGUGAUUUUGAGCACCGCGAGAGGGUCGCCAAGCACUACCAGAUGAGUGUUGCCUUGAAGUCUGAAAUCCGUAAACUUAAUAUUGUCCAUGUGCUGAUUUGGGUGCUGAUGGCUGCUCAGGUGACGGUGAGUCAACUCAGCCUGGUGUCCCAUAAGGUGGUGGCCUCCCCAUACCAGUGGGAGUACCCCUACCUUCUCAGUAUAAUUCCCUCCAUCUUUAGCUUCAUGGCCUUGCCACGCAACAACAUCAGUUACCUCGUCAUCUCCAUGAUCAGCGCCGGCCUCUUCUGCGUGGCUCCGCUCAUCUACGGGGCCAUGGAGAUGUUCCCCGUGGCGCAGCAGCUCUACCGGCACGGCAAGGCCUACCGCUUCAUCUUCGGUUUCUCGGCCGUGUCCGUCAUGUACCUGGUGAUCGUCAUUGCCGUGCAGGUGCACGCCUGGCAGAUCUACUACAGCAAGAAGCUGCUGGACCAGUGGUUCACCACCACACAGGAGAAGAAGAAGAAAUGAGGUUCCCAACAAAGCGUUCCUAAUACCAAGAUCAUCUGUGUGAGUUUGUUGGCCUGUGCGGACUAAGAGUGUCUUUAAAGCUCAGCGGUGAAAUGAGUUUCUGAACUGUUGCUGCCGGAGAAGAGGAAGACACAAUCAAUACCUGACUGGUUCAGUCAGCCAAGGCCACAAAGAGAUGUCCCCCGAAAGCAUUGUUGUGCUGAAAUCUGCUUUUUCUAUAUUUAUAAGGCUUGACCGUGAUGAUCUUAGUGUUCAAAUGUCCAUUGCAGGUCAUUCUCUGGACUUUUGUGACUGCCACCAUCAUUCUGUACAUGAAUGCCUCUGUCCUUCUCAUGAAUAAUAAAUUCAAACAAGCCAUCCGUAUA